UAAAUAUAAAUCUCGAUAAAUAUAGAUCCCUACAUCUAGAUCAAGAUAUCUACAUUUAAUCUAGUCUAGAGAGGUCUAUGUGUAAAGAAGCAAACGUAUUUUAUAGAGUUAAGACCUAUUUACGUUUAUCAGUAUCGACUCCAAUAUUUUUUAACGACAUCUAGACUAUACAUUUAUAAUAUGACAGACAGCGUACUUAACUUCAAUGUUGGUGUAUUGGGCCAUGUUGACAGCGGCAAAACAAGUUUGUCUAAGGCUUUGAGUACCGUUGCCAGCACUGCCUGUUUUGAUAAAAACCCACAAAGCAAAGAGAGAGGAAUAACACUGGAUCUUGGAUUUUCAUCUUUUACUGUAGAUCUGCCUAGCACAAAAAAAGAAGUUUUUAAAGGUUAUAGCUCUAUACAAUAUACACUUGUUGACUGUCCUGGUCAUGCCAGCCUUAUACGAACUAUUAUUGGAGGAGCACAGAUCAUUGAUUUGAUGAUGUUAGUGGUGGAUAUAACUAAAGGAAUGCAAACCCAGACAGCUGAAUGUCUGAUUAUAGGUCAGAUUACUUGCAGUAAAAUGAUUGUGGUUCUGAACAAAGUUGAUAUGAUCCCAGCAGAAAAACAGGCUGCUUCUAUAGACAAGAUGAAAAAACGCAUGCUGAAAACAUUAGAGGCAACAAAGUUUGCAGAUUGUCCGAUCGUAGCAGUUGCUGCCAGGCCUGGUGGUCCAGAGGCUCCAGAUAGGGAAGCAGUUGGUAUCACAGAACUUAUCUCUACGUUAAUGGAAAGUACUUAUUUACCAGUCAGGUCAGAGGAUGGUCCUUUCAUUUUUUCGGCCGACCAUUGCUUUUCGAUCAGAGGUCAAGGCACUGUCAUGACAGGCACUGUAUUGAGUGGCAGAACUGGUAUCAAUGAUACUGUUGAAAUUCCUUCAUUAGGCAUGUCUAAAAAAGUGAAGUCAAUGCAGAUGUUUAGGAAGCCAGUGGAAAAAAUUAAACAGGGUGACCGUGCUGGUAUAUGUGUUACACAAUUUGAUCCAACAUUACUAGAACGAGGACUAGUGUGUUCUCCCGGAGCUUUGGUCACUGUCCAUUCUCUAAUUGCUUUCAUAAGAAAAAUUCAAUACUACAAGGGCCCUGUAUCGACAAAGUCUAAAUUUCACAUAACUCUUGGUCAUGAGACUGUGAUGGGCCGUCUUUCAAUGUUUGGUCUCCUUGUUGACAAUGGCUCCAGCAAUAAACUUUUUCAAGACUUAAACAACAUCAAUCUACAAGAUGUGGCUUUUGAUUUCUCUAAAGAUUAUGUCCACCAGGAUGAGUUGUCUGCAGAUAAAGAGAAAGUAGGUCAAGGUGUAGACGGGACUGUGAACACUUUACAAUUCGCUCUGAUAGAAUUGGAGAAACCUGUGACAUGUGCGGCUAAUGCUCUUUUGAUAGGCUCCAGACUUGAUGCAGAUGUAAACACUAGCUCCUGUCGCAUUGCCUUUUACGGCAGAAUCCUCGUUGCAAUGACAGAUCCUAAGUAUAAGGAAACUGUAUUACCAGAACUUAAAGUAUUUAAGACAAAGACCAGAGAAGGCCUAGUCGAAAGAGCAACUGAUAAGUACUCUGUGAUUGCCAAGAAUUUGUUUAAAAAAGAAACAAACUUAGCAGCCUUUGCCAACUUUAAAGUGACGUUGUCAACUGGGGAAAAAGGUGUCAUUGAGGGUGGUUUUGGUCAAAGUGGAAAAGUCAAAAUUAGAAUUCCAGAGGGUCUAAGUGACGACACCUACCAAAGAUAUUCCAGCAGCGGGAAAAAGAAAGGCAAAAACAAAGAAGAUGAAGGCGGGACCAACGAGACCAAAGAAGGCGUGAAAGUAUGUUUGAGCUUCAAACGCUACAUGUAUGACUUAAAGAAAGACAUGAAACAAUCCUAGUACUUACCUGUGAAGUUAGAGCUAUUCAUAAGGCCACUAGACAUAGCAUAUAUACUAUGGAGAACUUAACAGACUGUGAUUUGACACUGGCUCUUUCAUUAUAGGUCUAUUGGGGCAGAGGCAGUGUUUUGAAAUUUCUCUAGUUUAUUCUUUGUUAUAUUGUGGCGCUGCCAUUGAAUCAUAAAAAAGACUAAAUUUAUUGCUUGAUUAUUCUUCAUAUCAAACUCAAUGAAAAUAAUUCAAUGCUAUACUUGUUAUGUUCUUGUUAUCAAAGUAUGUAUUUUAUCUGUAGUGUUUUUGAAGUUUUAUUUAUUUUAGUGCAGAUGCACUUACUUGAUUUUCAUCAAGAAUUUUUUUUUAUAAGCCAAAACAGCUUAUUACUACAAUAUAAACAAUGUAGAUUGCCAAUAAGAUCAUUAAUCUAGAUAAAAUGUUUUGAAAUGUCACCAAAUAUUUAUACAAAUGAAUUGCUGUAUGCUACCUUUUUUUUUUAAUUCUUAUUUUUAGGUAUUUGUUAAAUGCUUUUUGAUGUUCCUUCAGAUUUACAAAUAAUUACAUUCUAGCCCAGAGCUCUCCUGCUGGUCAACUGGGAAUGGCAAGCAAUAGUUAAUUUUAAAAUUUAUAGUCAUAUUUUAUUUGUUUUGUCAAAUUUAGAAUUACUUCCCCUUCUUGCUUAAAAGUUUCUGCGUUCCAGAAUAAUUGUAGAAUGAAUGUCCUCCCGUUUGGGAUCAUGUUCUCCGUGGGGUAGGCAUUGGACUAAGGUGUGAUGUCUGGCAUUCCUUAUGCUGUUUACUGAAAUAGCAAAGUGUCCAGCAAUCUAAUUAAAUCUUUCAUUGUUUCUAUUUUAAACACGCUAACUCACUUAUAAUUGGAUAUUGAUGUAAAUACUGGAAAUCAAUUUUAUGACUGAAAAUUAGUUCAUGUGUCUACAUCCCUUCAUGAACAUUGGUAUUAUAUAUAGAAGUAAAUAACUGAAGUAUUUUCGGUGUCAUGUUUUAUCAAUAAAAUUUAAAGCCUAGUUUUAAACGUUAUCUUUCAUUUUAGUUUGACCUUCUGUAAAAGGCUUUGUUCUCCUCUCUGUCCUCCUAUGGGCUUGCAGCUAUGUGGUAAUUUUAGUUGAGUCGCUUCUGCUCAUAGAAAAUAUUGGAGAUGCUCUCCUAACAAAAAUAAGUAUAGAAAAAGUAAAUCAGUGCUCAAGUUUAACAUUAUAUUUUUAAUGAAUUUGUUUCAAUGCUGUUUUUAAUUGAUCUUAAAGAAUGUAAAUUUGUUUACAUUUGAGAAAAUAUCAUUUUUUACCGACAUGUCCAUCAUUGAAAAAUGUAUAAAUUAAACAGAAUUUUCAGUGCAUUCA